UCCUUUUAGAGUAUUGAUUUGCAAUAAAAAAAAUGUGUGCUUUUAAUAAAUUUAAUCGAAGCGGGAGAAACGGCUCGAAAGCUUUAUCGGCCCACCGCUAGGUAGCAGGGUAACCUUGAUCGGCAGUUUUGUUUAGAUUUGUAGAAGUGUGGUAGCUCACGAUGCUCUAUGCACGAACACGCAACGCGCACACAAAGGAACGGGACGUCUCUCGAGAGCUUGGCAUGAAGUAACCAAUAAGCGAUUUGCCAGUCUAAUCGUUCCAACGUCAUUGCAUAACUCGCGUUGCUUUUUAAACCAAUUAUUUAAUGCGCUGCGUGCAAUGAUUUUGCACUUGGAGGCGUUUACCGAUCGAUGUCACGCGCGUGUGGUCACGCCGACCGAAAAUGCGUAUGGGCGUAAUAACGCCGGCGAGUUCUGCGAAUUGGAUGUACGUCAGAACUAACCUAAAGGGUUAAAGAUUAUUCACUGCGCGGUGUUCUCUAACCAGGAAAAUAUAUUGUCCUAAAUAAGUAUGAAUCAUCGUUCGCCGCCGUCUCAUCGAACUUCGACUUCGACAUGUUCGACGUUGUCGGUUACCCUGUGCAACCUGCGAGAUAAUUCGCGUAUAGGUUAACUCCAUCGACAGGCGUCCAUCGACCGUUUACAAUCUGUCAUUUAGAUUUCGACAUUUUGUAAAUCGUAAUGUAAUUAUAUGAAUAGAAAUAUAGGGGUAAAGUUUUCCGUGGAUGUGUCACGUCUUUUGCCAUGUAUUUUAUAAUGGUCGAUCCUCUUGAAACGUUCCUGUUGAUAGGCAAUAUUGAAUCAGUCAACGUUAGUAAGCAAUUUUAUGGAAUACAAUCAAUUCCAUUUUGUAAUAAGUUUUGAUUACCGUGUCUCUAAAAGUGAACAAGCAAGAAAUUCUUUACGAUGCAUUUAUGAUUAAAUGCAUAUAAUCUAUACAUAAGGAAUAAUGUUUAGCAUUCAUCUGUAUUUGUGCGUAACCUGAUUGCAUUAAAAAAUGCAAGCCAAGAAGCGCUAUUUAUUAUUAUUCGUAACUUGUGCGUUUCUUGGUUACUGUUACUUUGGUGGUUACCGGUUAAAAAGUGAGAAGGCAGGAGGCAGAUCUCAGUUGCCUUACGAGCGAUUGCCUUCGUACUUAAGUAUAAAUGAAGAGUUCUAUGACAAGGAUUUAAGAACAUCAAAUGGAAAUUCUCUUGUAUCUCAACGUAUGAGACAAUGCCGUAUGGAGACAUGUUUUGAUUUCACCAGAUGCAAGAAUGGUUUUACCGUGUAUGUCUAUCCAGUUGAGGAUGUGAUAAGUCCGCUAUACCAAAAAAUAUUAAAUGUUAUUACGGAAUCAAGAUAUUAUACACCGGAUCCAAAUAGGGCAUGUAUAUUUGUGUUAGCUCUGGAUACAUUGGAUAGAGAUCCAUUGUCAACAGAAUUUGUACACAACCUUCCAGCUAAAUUAAUGCGCUUACCGUAUUGGAAUAAUGGAAGAAAUCAUUUGAUAUUUAAUUUAUACUCUGGCACAUGGCCUGAUUAUGCAGAAGACUCUCUGACCUUUGAUUUAGGCUUUGCUAUGCUUGCAAAAGCUAGUAUGUCAAUAUUUAGGCACAGACCAAACUUUGAUGUGUCUAUACCUUUAUUUGGAAAACAACAUCCAGAACGUGGUGGAGAACCAGGUCAAGCUUCAGAAAACAACUUUCCAAACAAUAAGAAGUAUGUGGCAGCUUUCAAGGGUAAAAGAUAUGUCCAUGGCAUAGGAUCUGAGACUAGAAAUGCUCUCUAUCAUUUACACAAUGGUAAAGACUUGGUAUUUGUCACAACUUGUCGUCAUGGCAAAGCAUGGAGGGAGUUCCAAGAUGAACACUGUCAACAGGAUAAUCAGGAAUACGAUACGUACGAUUAUGAAAUUUUGUUGAUGAAUGCUACCUUUUGUCUGGUACCAAGAGGCAGAAGACUUGGUAGUUUUCGUUUUUUAGAAGCUUUAAGAGCUGGAUGCAUUCCGGUUAUUCUAAGUAAUGGCUGGGCGCUUCCUUUUCACGAACGUAUUGAUUGGACGCAAGCCGCUAUAUUUUCUGACGAAAGACUGUUACUUCAAAUUCCAGAUAUAGUGCGGUCUGUGUCUAAUGUACAGAUACUUAAAUUACGGCAGCAGACGCAAUUCCUUUGGGAACGAUACUUCUCGUCAAUAGAAAAAAUUGUAUUUACCGUGUUCGAGAACAUACGUGAACGUUUGCCAUGGGAGGGCACCAGAGAAAAACUCGUUUGGAAUACUAGUCCCGGCGCAUUAGCGAUAUUACCGCAAUUUGCCGAUAGUCAGCAAGAACUUCCGUUUUCAAAGAGCAAUCCGGGUAACACUUUUACUGCCAUCAUUUAUUCGCAGUUAGGGUCUACUGCCGUACUUUAUCGUCUGCUUAAAAGCGUUGCGAAAAGUAAAUACCUAGAUAGGAUUAUACUAAUGUGGAAUUCGGAUGUUCCACUACCGAGGAGGCCACGUUGGCAAGGGAUCAAAGCGUCAAUACACAUCGUCACGGUCGAUGGUAUAUCCCAACGUUUCUAUCCUCAUCCGUUAAUCAAAACUAGUGCCAUAUUAUCGCUAGAUGAAGAUGCCACACUCAAUACCGACGAAAUUGAUUUUGCAUUUACGGUUUGGAGAUCGUUUCCUGAUCGAAUUGUUGGCUAUCCAGCAAGAUCACAUUACUGGGAUGACUCGAAGCGGUCAUGGGGUUAUACAAGUAAAUGGACAAACGAUUAUAGUAUAAUUCUAACUGGUGCCGCUUUUUACCAUCGUUAUUAUAAUACGUUAUAUACCGAAUUACUGAGCUCGACGCUUCAUAAGACCGUUGAGCAGUCGCAGAACUGCGAGGACAUACUUAUGAAUUUUUUAGUAAGCCACGUCACACGACGACCACCGAUUAAAGUGACGCAAAGGAAAUUGUAUAAAGAUACUACAGUGGCUGGAAUUAGAUCUCCCUGGAACGAUCCAGAUCACUUUAUACAACGGCAAACGUGUAUGAACACGUUCGUAGCCGUUUUCGGCUACAUGCCGUUGUUACGUUCCAACAUGAGGCUCGACCCUGUUCUGUUUAAAGACUCUGUAAGCAACUUGCGCAAGAAGUAUAGGCAAAUUGAAUUAGUUAGUAAUUAGAAUUAUACAAGAUAUUUUAUCAGUUACGCAGUUAUCCACACUCGAAACGAGCAUCCUAUAUAUACACGUAUAGUCUCGAACAUUUCGAAGCGAUAGUGGCGCAAAUUGCUGUUUAGCGCAGCGUGGUUGCGCGCUCACGCGGGCGGCUACUUCCAAAUGUAUAGGGAACAUUUGCAGCGUUGUAAGUUUAGAAAAACCGCCAUGUUUACGGUGGUUGUCGGACAGCGAAUCAAGAAGGUCUUUCAUUCGCGAGGAAUGGCGAUAACCAGUGCUUUUACGUAUUCGCAAAUGAAUUUUGUACAAAAUAUUGAUAGGGUACCUUAUGAUAUUGUUCCAAUUCCAAUCGGGCCGCGGCACCUUGUCGCGCGAUCGCCGUGUUCAAUUGAUGUACAUACGAAUCGUUCCAUAGAUAAUAAAACGAGCGAAAUAUAAAAAAGGAAGAGAAAAGAAAAAAGAAACGAACGAAUAACAAAAGUGGAGAAAAAAAAAUUGUUCAGGCGAGCAUCUUUCGACUUUCAAAACCGGCCUUCGACGCUGCGCGAGGUAUUCCGAUCGUGGUCGAUCGAUCGCUCGAAAAACCAAAUUCACCGGGCGCUUGCUUUAUCUCUGUCGUGCGAAACUGAUAUUUUAUACGAGUCUCAGGGACAGGGAUCUGUUUGCGCGAGGGAAAGAAAAUCGAAGCGCGACUCGCGACUCGCGCGAUUCUGGGCUAUCUGAGAGCUUUCGGAAAUCAGUUUCUUUGUGACUUCUCACGGUAACUUUUACGGUGUCUUGAUUACGCUGACUGUACAGUUUAAAUAUUUCUUAGCGUAAGACGUGGCUGCUAAUAUUAUUCGCCGCAAGGUUCCGAGGAAAAGUAAAACGAUCAACGUGUACGCCUCCGUUUCCGCCUGAACGCGGAUCCAUUUAUCGGUAACGUCCCAUUUGUUUCUUCGACGUGUACGUUUGUGCGUAGUCUCGCUAUGUAUUCGGGGCACAGAUUAUUCGUAAGUUGUAAUCAUGUACGUAGAAGGUAUUUCCAAGGUUUUACGUAUCACUCUAUUGCGGGAACGUUCGCGUUUUAUUCCUUUUUUUUCCCCGCCGUUCGUUCGCGAACGCGUUGUACAGCGCGCGAUCGGUCUUGUACAUUUCGUCGGUUCCGUUCGCAUUUCAACGAGCUCUCGGUAGACCUUUAAGAGGAAGUAAGAAAUUACUUGCGACAAUAUCGCAAGUACGUCUAGUCGUUCACGUUCAUUUACAUUGGUACGCCCGAAGGGAAAGCAAAUGAUUCGCGUAGGUAAACCUCGACGCCGUAUAUUUGUGUUUCCGCGACGCAAGCAAAGAGGAUGAUGUACAUAUAUAUAUGUGUAUAUGUGAUACGUUCGUAAUUAUCAUGUGAUAUAUUCGUAAUCAUCGGAGACAGGAUUCAAAAGGAUUUUCGUAAUUCCGUGUUAAUGGCAUUUUUCGUCCGCCGCGGCAACGUAUGUCCGCGCGCGUUAUUAUAUAUGUUACGUGAAAUGUUCUAUUUUUUAACGUACUCCUGAUUUUGGAUAUCCGAAGAAUCAGCAGGAACGAAGAAUCGCGCUCUCUCUCUCUCUCCCUCUUUCUCUCUUUUUUCCCUUUCUCUUAUUCUUCUCUCUCUCUCUCUCUACCCUCGCUCCCCGUCGAAACUGGCACAUGUAUAUAAUUAUUUUUCCACUUCACGACACAUGGUGUCAACGAUACGUUUUCUACGUUCAACGAGAUGCGCGGAUCGCGUCCGCCUCUUUUUUCCUGCAUAUUCUUCGCCACCACGAAUUUAAUUAGGUACGGGACUGUGCAAAACUCGAGCGCUUCUCCUCCGAACAAAGAUAUUAACACACUGACAAAAAAGCAGAAAGCAAGAAGAGAAAGGAAGGUACCAAACGUUACGUUUUUAAUUCUAACAGAGGGGUAUUUUAACAUUAAGCGUAUAGACAGUUGGAUGUUACUUAGCGGAUCUAUGGUUUUUCAUUCGUUCGAAACUGAUCGUCGAUGUAUAAUCAUGUUGCGUCAGAAUAACGUGUAUUUGAACAAAUAUUGAUGAUUUUAUAUGGCCGAAAGGAACAAAAAAAUAAAGUUUUUAUACAAACCUGGGACAUAA